CAUUGCCUCAGAGACUCCCCUGAAAUUCCAAGCUCGACGUUUGUGUUGCGCAGGGGCCGAAUUUCACGGCCUCUGCAGUUUCCUUGUGAACGUUUUCAUUAGCUUUGUCAUCUUGCCUCCGAAAUACUAGUUAAAUUUUAAUCGUGCCGUGUCCUAAGUAAUUCCUCCGCGAUUUAACUCCUCCACCCGGUGCCUUCUCAGAGCGUAAUUUUGGACAGAUUUACGGUCAAUCGCGAUUUUUCACCUCACUGGCUUUCCAAACAGACCUAAGUGCUGACCUAGAUGCUGAUCACAUGUUAGGUUAGAUCUUAAACAACAUCCAUUUCUUCUAAGGAACCUUAAACUAGUAAAGUUCGGGGUUUGGGCUUACAGAGCACAGGAGGAACAGUAAAAAAGGACGACGGUCUAUGAGCAAUUACUGAAAAUUAAUUUUUUUGAAGAAAAAUUUCCUGGGUCUCCAAAACGACGAAGCACUAUCAGAAAUUUUUAUGCAAGAUGUCAGCACGUUCAUUUUAAAUAGGGAGCUGAUAAUGGCUUACAGCAAUCGGGAAAAUAUGCGCUUGUGAAUAUGUAGACAAGUUUUCCUAAAAUGGAUUCUGUAGCUUGCUUAUAUUACAACCUUCUAGUCCUUUUACUUGCUGCUUUUCGAGUUUCGGCCCAAGAGUGUCAAACACGGUCAAUAUACUGUUACGAGUGUGAUAGCUGGAAAGACCACAGAUGCAAGGAUCCAUUCAACUACACAGCAAUUCCCAGAGAUCAACCUCCAAUCAAUCAGUGUAAUGGUUGCUGUGUCAAGAUGGUCCGUAACUCUAGAACAGUUUACGAAAGCGUGCGACGGACGUGUACCUCCCAAUUGCAAAUCAACUUGUUCAUGGUCGACCAUGUCUGCAUGAUGGAAGGCACGGGAACGGGACACAUGUGCUUUUGCGAGGAGGAUAUGUGCAACUCGACUGAAAGUCCUCACUCAAUAUCAAAAUCAUCUCCAAUCUGGCUGUUUGUCGGUCUCACCUACAUUUGGGCUCUCAGAGUUCACUGAGGCUAUCCCCUGUUUGCAUGUCCUUUGCCUUUUUAAAGUCAUUCGAUAAUCUCAGCCUUGUUACACAAAACUUUCACGCUUGUUCAUAUCAUUUUUUGAUUAUCUUGUAAAUCUUUUUAUUUCUCUUUUUCUCUGUAGUCUCAGUCCUCCUCCAAAGAGCAAGGAAACACCCUUUAACCGUUUUUGAAUCUUAGUGGAAGGUCUUGCGGGAAAUUAAGUGAUCCCUGAUUUUGGUAGGUAUGCAAUUUGAAUUACUGGAAAACAAAGUAGUUGUAUCACACAUUUCUGAUGUUCAUAAAUCCGUUCUUGUCUGAAAGGCAUUGACAUCGAACGUUCCUCUUUUUAAAGAAAAUGCAAUUUGAGCUACAUAAAGUUUUGGCAUAGUUUUCAACUGAAAAAGUUUACCCUAACCAUUGCCAAGUACAUUUCUCAAAUAGCACUAUUGGGCAAAGCUGUGGCGAUGGUGCAUGAAUACUCGAAUUAUAGGGUGUUACGGUUAACGCUACUAUACUUGCACAAGCAACAUGGACAACCUUAGUGCAAGAACUAGUGCAACUAUCCUUAACUGGAAUCUGUAUGACUUUCAUAGUUAAAGAAAGAAUCUGUGAAAUUAAAAAACUUCCUGUCGGAAUGACCCUUGUAUAUACUCCGGAAGGUAAACUGGCAGGGCGGAUUGGGAUUAAAAUUUAUAAAUUAACAAAUGAGCAAACAGCAGCCAUGCUCUGCUACCUGAGCAUUCCCAAACAAUAAGUAGCAGUCUGAUCAUGUGUUGAUUAAUCCAAAAUCAACCCACCAAUUUGGCUGCCGGGAAGCUUAGUUAAUAGAUCAGUUGUUAUAGGUAAAUCCUCCUCCGUAAUGCCCAUUUUCAUUAUACAGUCAAAUUUCAAUAGCGUUUAUAAGCAAAAUAGGAGUACACCUUGAAAGAUGUAAAACAUUUGUUCUUAAAACUCGGUUAAAUUCAAUUAUUAAUAAAAUGGGAGGUGAGUUUAACUGAUUUGAGGUAAGAUUUAAGUAAUUACCGUAACAUACAAGCUAAUGAGAAUAUCCGGCUAUUCAACAGGUGUGAGGCUGGUGGCUCGAAUAAAAAAAAUAGUGUUCAAAUAUUACACAACUCACAAGUAUCAGCAGCCCUCCACACCAUCCCCAUCAAAUACUCUCAGGCACUUCAAAGGAUGGACAACAAAGUAUGCAUAUCAUAACAUCAAUCCUCAUGGAAUGUUGUGAGUUGUGGCCCCUUGGACAAAAAUUUCAACUGUUUCGGUGUUGAAACGAAAAUUUUCUCUUGCACCAAUUGAAUUUGGCCCCCACAUCUGUAAAACCUCGGUCACUAGUGAGCAAAUAAAAAAACAUAGCAAGAGGAAAUGGUCACAAAAAUGCAGCAGGAUUCUCCUCUAAAUGUAUGACAUCUCAUGGAAUCUCUGCGAAAACGCAAAAUGUAUGAUGUGACUCCCCGAUUUAGCUCUCUCUUUUUCGUGUCGAAAAAUCAGUCAUCCAGCUAUUGGGUCUCCAAGCAAUCCCUCACGUUAGGCGCCAUGAAGGGCACAGCUAGAACCAGCACAAGCACUUCAGCUCCAUGACGGGAAUUCGCUUAAAAAUCUGAAGUUUUCAAGUUCUGGUUGUCGGUCUGUCCGAAAAUUUUGUUUUUUAUUUGAACAUCAAAGUUAUUAUAAGUUUUCAUUUUAAUUCCUGUGUAUCGCAAUUUUUUAUGUAUGUUUUUUAGUCAUCCUUCCUCUGUUAAUUAUACCAGGCCACUAUAAAAUUAAAUCAGUUGUUGCUCCUUCAAAGUUCAUACCAUUAUUGAGCUGAUUAUAGCUCCCAAAAUACAAAUUGGUGGAUCGA